AUGUUCUUCAGUAAAAAUGUGAGUCAACAGAAGAAAGAGGAAGUGAGUCAGAGUCUUGGCACAAUUCAGGUUGCAACUCAAGUAAAAUAUCUGGGGCUCCCUAUGGUUAUAACAAGAUCUAAAGAGCAAGUCUUUGGCUAUAUGAAUGACAGCAUCAGGAAUAGAAUGAACAGCUCGAAGAACAAAUUGCUCAGUCAAGGUGGGAAGGAAGUCUUAUUGAAGGCAAUAUCCAUGGUUAUGCCUGUCUAUACAAUGUCAGGCAAUAAGCUGUCAAACAAGCUUUGUAAAGAAGUGACCUCCAUGUUUGCCAACUACUGGUGGGGAGAAGCUGAAGGAAAAAAUAAAAUGCACUGGUGUUCAUGGUGGAAACUGGCAAAGGAGAAAAGAGUGGGAGGAUUGGGUUUCAAGGAUCUACAGAACUUUAACAAAGUUUUGCUGGCAAAACAGGUAUGGAGGCUGAUCUCCAAACCAAAUCUUUUAGUCAGUAAAGUUUUGAAGGCAAAGCAUUUCUAUAGAGACUCAAUUUUUAAGUGCAAAAUACCUAAGAAUGUUUCCUAA